AUGUUUGGCUUUGGUGGGAAGAAAGAGGGCUCUCCAGAUGUCCUACCUAAACAAGAUGAAAUUCCAGCACCUAUAGUACAAUCUCAAAAUCCACCACAAACUCCAGCAGCAGCUCCACCUCCAGGGCCUCCACAAAUAGAUUUCCAAAAAUUAUCACAAGCAGAUGGAUUCCAAGGUAUGGCUAGUAACUUAUUUGAACAAUUUGUUAUUGGUAACCCAUAUUUCGCAGCUGGUGGUGGUUUGAUGCUUUUAGGUACAUCUUUAGCAAUUGCUCGUCAAGGUAUAAUUAGAGCUUCUGGUUUUGCAUAUCGUCAAUUAUUAGUUGAUUUAGAAAUUCCAUCAAAGGAUAAAUCUUAUUUAUGGUUUUUAGAAUGGAUGUCACAAUAUAAAAAUAGAAGUUCAAGACAUUUAAGUGUUGAAACAAAUUUCAUUCAACAUGAUAAUGGUGCUGUUACAACCAAAUUUUCAUUAGUCCCAGGUCCUGGUAAACAUUUAAUCAAAUAUAAAGGUGCUUAUAUGUUAAUUAAUAGAGAAAGAUCAGGUAAAUUAUUAGAUAUGACAAAUGGUGCACCUUUCGAAACUGUUACUUUAACCACUUUGUAUAGAGAUCGUGGUUUAUUUAAUGAUUUGUUAGGUGAAGCUAAAACAAUGGCUUUGAAAGCUCAAGAAGGUAAAACAGUUAUAUAUACUUCAUGGGGUCCUGAAUGGCGUCCAUUUGGUCAACCAAAAAAGAAGAGAAUGAUUGGAUCUGUUAUUUUGGAUGAAGGUAUUAAAGAAGGUAUUGUUAACGAUGUUCAAGAUUUCUUAGGAAGUGGUAAAUGGUAUUUUGAUAGAGGUAUUCCUUAUAGACGUGGUUACUUACUUUAUGGUCCUCCAGGUUCUGGUAAAACAAGUUUCAUUCAAGCUUUAGCUGGUGAAUUGGAUUAUAAUAUUUGUAUUUUGAAUUUAUCAGAAGCUAAUUUGACUGAUGAUAGAUUGAAUCAUUUGAUGAAUCAUAUUCCUGAAAGAUCAUUAUUGUUAUUGGAAGAUGUUGAUGCUGCUUUCAACAUGAGAGAUCAAACAGAUUCAAGUGGUUUUAAAUCAGGUGUUACCUUUAGUGGUCUUUUGAAUGCAUUAGAUGGUGUUGCAUCUUCAGAGGAAACAAUUACUUUCAUGACUACAAAUCACCCCGAAAAAUUAGACCCUGCUAUUUUGAGACCUGGUAGAGUUGAUUAUAGAGUUUAUGUUGGAGAUGCCACAGCUCAUCAAAUUGAAAGAAUGUUUUUAAGAUUUUAUGAAAAUGAAACUGAAAAGGCUAAACAAUUCGUUGAAAAGGCAGUUGCGUUAAAUGUACCAGUCAGUACUGCUCAACUACAAGGUUUAUUUGUAUAUAAUAAAAAUGAUCCAGAUGGUGCUUUAGCAAUGGCUGAAACAUUAAAGGUUCCAAAUCAUGUAUUCUGA